UUGCUGCUGUAACUGACCCAGGAUCAGCUUCGCUCGCCACUCUCUGCACUACAGUGAGGGAGCGUUCAGCCAGCGCUGAUCCAGCGACAGUCACCGCGAACAGCGCGUUCACCUUGACGCGAGGAUGGCGUCGGCUACGAAAAUCAUCCAGAGACUGAGGAACGUUUUGUCAGGGCACGAUCUCCAGUCCAAACUACAACUUCGGUACACUGAAAUCUCAAAGAGGACUCAGCCACCACCUAAACUUCCUGUUGGGCCGAGCCAUAAAUUUGCAAAUAACUACUACUGUCAGAGAGAUGGGCGCAGAGAGUCCGUUCCUCCCAGUGUGGUCAUGUCUUCACACAAGGCCCUAACAGCUGGAAGUGAGGCUUCUGGAAAACCCAAACGUCCUGUUACUCCAGGGUCCCCACUGAAGGAACUUCCACUGAGCGUCGACUAGAUUUACAGUCUAAUAUAUGUGAUAUUCUCAAUAAAGGAUGUGUAUAUACAAGAAACAUA